CUUCAUUCGAGACGGAACCAUCGAAAGAUCUCAUGGUCUCACUCGAUUUUCCAAUGUCGAAAGUGCCGUCACAGAAACCGCAGUGCUCCUACAUUAUCCUCGACCCGUUCAGAGUCUUUUAGAGACUUUUAGAGCCCUUUUUAGAGAUUUUUAGAAUCCGGAGUCUUUCGGAGUCGUUUUAGAGCCUUUUAGAAUCGUUUUGGAGUGGUUCAGAGGUUCGUCAGACUCCUCGCGAUCAGAGUCCCCGGGAGUCGUUCCAGAGCGGUCCCAUAGUCGCUCUGCAGCCAGAGUCCCCGAGGUCCGAGUGUCAGUGGUGCUAUGACAGUGCGAAGGCCCUGAAGCCUGGCCCAGACGGAGUGCAAGUUCUCCCAGCAAGGUGACCAUCCGAUAUCAUGCAGAGCCAGCCGGCGAGCCUCCAGUCGCAGCGUCUGCAGGGCAUCUACAUCCUGGACAACAGCGACAGCUCGGGCAUCCCGCACAGCGCCGGCAGCUCGGCCAGCAACUCGCCGGACCAUUACGAGAGGUUCUCGCCGCCGACGCACCUGAUGGACCUGAGCAGCCCGCCGGAGCACAGGGACCUGCCCGGCUACCAUCAUCCGCACCAUCACCAUCACCAUCAGAUCUACCAGCCGGGUGCUUACCUGAUGUACGACGGGCCGGACGAGGCCAAGAGGUACCAGGAUCAGCACAACGGCAAGCUCCUCAGGGACCUGCAGGUCGAGGUCACCGAGUACGAGCGACGGCUGCACGGCAACUCGCCCGGAUUCCUCUCGGAUCAUAGCAGGGACCACGAGCAGAGCCUCUAUCUGACGCCGUCGCCGCAGAUGUACUCGUCCGGCGGCGAGGAGGUGCCGCCCAGGCAUCCGCAAGGCUACCACCACGUGGAAACGGUCGAGUACAAGCCGGACGUGAUGGAGUACAAGCCGGAAGUCGAGCAGCACAGGUACAAGCCCGUCGAGAUCACCCAGAUGACCGAGGCGUCCUCCUCCACGAAGAACUUCCGGGACGAGGGGAUCGCGAAUUGCAGCAAGAGAAAGAGGAAGACCAGCGUGAACGACGAGUCCGAGGGCGAGAGCACCGCCUCGUCGACGAAGAGCAAGGUCAGGAGGAAGAGCGGGGCCACCUUCGAGGAGAUACAGAACCAGAGGGUGAUGGCCAACGUCAGGGAGAGACAGAGGACCCAGAGCCUGAACGAGGCUUUCGCCGCCCUCAGGAAGAUCAUACCGACCCUGCCCAGCGACAAGCUCAGCAAGAUUCAGACCCUGAAGCUGGCCACGAGGUACAUCGACUUCCUCUUCCAGGUGCUGCACUGCAACAUGGAGAACGGGGACGCUGCCGAUGAAAGUGGCGAAAGAACACCGCGGGGUGCAGUGCUAGCAGCCAGAGAGAUCACCUCCUCGUCGUGCAGUUACAUGGCGCACGAGAAGCUGUCGUACGCCUUCAGCGUCUGGAGGAUGGAAGACGACUGGAACGCGAACGUUUGAACAUCUCGCGGCCGAACGCACCAUCACGCCCCGUCAUCAGUAUUCUCAUCUCGUCGAGGUAAAAAAGAGCACAGCCCUCCCAACAACGAUUUCCUAUUUUCGCUGGCUCGAAAGUAUCGGAAUUCGGGCGUCUCGAACAAGUCCGAGCCGAUCGGAGAUGCUCGGCGAUCCCGUCUAUCCGUGUUCAAGGCGCCCCGCGAUCUCGGUAGAUCCCUGUUGUUAUCGCGCGAGAGAACUUUCGAAAAUCAAGGCGAGCGACAUCGCGAAAUAGCUCGCUGAGAAACGUCGCGCGGUGAAGAAUGAGCGGAAGGAAAGCGCGGCGGUCCAGGAUUAGAAGCGAGCAGAGCGCGGCGUCGCGUUUCGUUCGAUCAGCCGGUGACUAAUUAACAGCGAUCACUCGUCGCCCACUCGCGGUCCUUUGAAAUCGAAUCGCGGCUGUUGAUCUCGCGACGCUGUAGAUCAGGCAACCCGUUCGUCUCCGCAAUAAUGUAAGCCGAUAAUUUCACCGCGUCCCGGACCCCGCCGGUCUAUUAACGGUACGGGCAAGCUUGGCCGGUCGGCCAAAUACGCGGCAAUCAGCCCACCGCCGUCGGUAUCAAUCCUCAGAGUCACGCGAAAUACAAAACUGCGCGUUGAUACACGCCUCGCGGAUCUCGAUUACAA